CAAUUGUGAGAAAAAAAGUCAGAAUUGUUGCGAUUAACUUUUUUAUUUUUUAUUUCAUGGUGGAAACCAUACAUUUUCAUUCUUUCGUGAGUGGAUUAUUAGUGGAGUAUUUUGUGUUACUAGUGUAAAAUAGAUUUAUUAAAGGAAUUGAGGCUGAAAUAUUAAAAUUCUAUUAAAAAUACACAUUUGUGCCAAAAUUGAUGCUGUUGGCAUUAACACAGGCAAAAUUAUCAAAUAAACAAAACUGAAAAAGACAAAAAAAACUUUGUGUGGAUAAGAGCAUCUGCUCAAUGUAAAUGUGAAUGUAUUUAUUGGUCAGAGCGUAUAUACGUUUGAGCUAAACGUCUGAGAAAGGCAUGCAUGGAAAGAAGAUACAGGAAGUGUGAGGAACCCAGUGGCCCUCAGAAAAGGCCCACAGACCAAGUGGCAACAUCUCCAAACUUGUCAGCACAAGCGGGUCGACAACGUAGUCCUGCCCUCUAUCCCCGAUCACAAGAUCCACAAGGACGAGGCUGUUUUUCUUCUCUCACCACAUCAACCUGUCAAGGCAGAAGGGAGAAAACCGGACGGGCACAAACACGGCAGGUGUCUUAUGUCACAUCAUCCUCAUCCUUACAAUUCAUAUCUAAUGGCUCUUUCUGUGCUUUCUCGAGUCCUGAGUCUCUGCGUCCUGCUGCUGUCGUGGGCUGAGUGCAGUCCGAUUCCACCUCCGGAAGAGCGGGAUAACGUGGACAUGCAAGAGGUUCUGGGUCAGUUCCUUCAAAUGUUGAAUCUGACCGAUCAGGGGCCCCGGACAAGGCCCCGCUCCAGCCGCACGGAGCCGCCGGAAUACAUGCUGGAACUUUACAACCGAUUCGCCAACGACCGCAGCGCCUCGCCGGCAGCCAACAUUGUGCGAAGUUUCAGAAAUGAAGACCACACCUCACACGGGCGGACGCACCGUCUCCUGUUCAACGUCUCUAUGCCGCCACACGAGCGUGUCGUCAGCGCUGAGCUGCGUCUUCACGUGCUUCUCAAGAGAGACUCGCGCCAGCGUAUCGGAGCGGGAUGGAAGGUGACCAUAUUUGACAUGUUGCAGGGCGGACGCUACAGGACCGGUGAGAGAGACGCGCUGGCGUCGAAGCACGUCCAUCGUAAGGACAGCGGAUGGGAAGUCUUUGAUAUGACGAACGCUGUCCAGCAUUGGCGGAAGGUCAGUAUUGUGACCCCCAGGCUGGAGGUUCGUAUUGAAAAUCUGAACGCGUUUAGGAAUACGAACGAGCGGCAAUACGCAGACCUGGACAUCGACAGGAAUUCUGAUGGAAAACACGAGCCGGCGCUGAUCGUCUUCUCAGAUGAUCAGAGUGAAGACCGUCACGUGAUUGAAGAGGACAACAAACUGUGGACAGAUGAAGAGGAGCAGAUGCACUCAAACGAGAUCUACGAGGACGGCUCAAGAGUCCGGCGCAGCGCUAAAGUGGAGGACUGCAAAAAAGCCGAGAUGUAUGUCGAUUUUAAGGAUAUAGGCUGGGACAACUUCAUCCUGGCGCCAUCUGGUUAUCAGGCGUUCACCUGCCGCGGCGUGUGCAAUUAUCCUUUGGCUCGGGAAUUGACGCCGACCCAACACGCCAUCGUCCAAACGCUGCUCAAUCUCAAGAGUCCUCAGAGGGCCUCGCAGGCUUGCUGUGUGCCAACUGAGUUAAAACCAAUAUCCCUCCUGUAUGAGGAAAACGGCAUUGUGGUUUUAAAUAAUAAAUACGAGGGGAUGGUGGUCAAGGAAUGUGGAUGCAGAUAGUCCAAAAAACAAGAAAUCUCCGGAAAAGACUGUUUAGUGUUUAAAACAAGUGCCUACAUUAAAUCAUAAACCGGAUGUGAAUCAUCUUGCAUCUCAUUAAUCAACAUAGGAUGUUAGUAGUUUCACACAUGCUGCUUCGUGAACUGAACAUCCUGGCGCCACUAACUGCAGUUUAUUUAGGCCUCAUGUAUAUUUACUUGUUGUAAAUUAGUCAGUUUUCUAUUGCACACCCUGCUGUAAUAUAUAACACACUGCUUUUGGGUGUUUAAUCAUUUAUAAUGAGAGAAGUUCAAACUAAACCUGCUGAAAUAACAGUGUUAUGCUGCUUGAUCUGAUUGCUUUUAUCUGCAAGAACAAGCAAAAACAUUGAUUUUUCAUGCACUGGUCAAUUUUGAGAUUUUGGACUUUACAUAAUGUCUUGUUUCAGACUAGUGGAAGAAAACAUCCAAACUACACUUUUAAGUGUUUCUUUUUUUAUUGCACUUUAUUUAUUUGCGUCGGUAGAUUUCAAUUCAAAAGUUUUUUUCUCCACUUCAGCAGCACUUACAUAUACCAAAAUUUACAGUUUUCUUCCUAUCUAUAUUCUGAAGGUUUUUACUGAGGGGUUUGUUCAUAUUGUAUAAAUUCAACAUCCAAACUACACUUUUAAGUGUUUAUUUUAUUGCACUUUAUCUAUUUGCGUCUGUAGGUCCAGUACAUUUCUUUAAAGAGUUUUUUCUCCACUUCAGCAGCACUUACAUACACCAAAAUUUACAGUUUUCUUCCUAUC